AUGACUUUACUUAUAGGUACACACGUUCCAAAAAACAACUAUGUGGUGCAUCAGAAUGGAUGGCCAGAGGCUGGAGGUUUUUUCAAUGUAUACAAAUCUCAGAAUGAAAGCGACGAACGUUUCAAACCAAUAGUUGUAACUAUUCAAAGUGAAGUUAAUCAAGUAUUGAUUCUGAAAAUUAUGCAAUACUGUACACUUGUUUACGAAAGAUUCAAUUAUUUACCAAUUGUAUUAAUUAUUGCCCACAAAGACUGUCUUGGCUCAAAUGUAGACGAAACAAAUUCCCAUUUGGUAAAGAUCAAAUCUGAUUUUUGGGCAGAAAAAUGUCUGAUGUUUCUUUCCGAUUUGGAUGUCACACCUAUAAACGAUCAACCUUUGAAUGCUUUCUUUGCGUUAUGUCAGUUUUUAUCUCAUCCAGACAAGAUGUUUUCCUUUUCUUCCAACGUAGAAAAUCAAACUAUUAGUUUACUGAGCGAGACAAUUAUUAAAAAGAGGAAUGAAAAUACUUUAUUUGAAAGAUAA